AUGAUCAAGGCAAUCUUCUACAGUAAAUUCGACACGAUAGAGGGACCAAAAGUCGUCCACCAAGUCCCCGACGGAGCCAUCGUACCCUCCCCCACCGCCCCCUCACAGCCACCCUUUCUCACCUUCUCCGAUGUCUCCUUCUUCGUGAUCCCCCGCCAGGAGCUCUGUGGAAAUCUUUUGCAAGUCUGCACAAACGGAUAUCGUAUCCUGGGUUACCCAAUCUGCAUGAAGUCAGUGCGGUAUGACCGAAAUGAAUUUAUCUUCAACUUCUGCAUAGUCCUCGCCGAGGAGGACGACUUCAGCACGUAUAAGAGCGUGGUGCAGAAGCUAGCAGACCUAAUGCAUGGUCUGGAAGAGCAGAAUGGUUUCUUGUCUCGCGAUUUCUCGAAGAGUGGCGAAGGGAAGGUGUAUAGUCUUUGUGAGAUGUUGAUGGAGGACUUGAACAAUUAUUGCGAGUGCAUGAUUCCCAUUGACGAACUAAACACUCUGAACAUCAAACUUUUCCCGAUAUAUCCCUCUCCCCCGGCUGUCAAGGCCUGGCAAGUGCCGCUCUUCACGUUGCGAUACCAGGCCUUCAUGGACGAGAACUGGGAUUUGACCAUGCAAAGGAUCGUACCACAUAUCAAUGGCGUCAACAGCGUCCGCAUCAUCUCCAUCCUAGCCGACACAGACUUCUCCCUCACCUGCCGCGCCCUUCGACACCUCCUCUACUACGGCUGCCUAUUUAUCCUCGACAUCUUCUCCUUCUCCGCGAUCUACGCCCCAACCGCCCAAUUCAGCGCAACAAUAGGCUCCGACGAAGCAAUGCAAUUAGAAUGUGCCCGCUACGUAAACCUCCCCCACCUCUCCAGCUCCCUCACAGACCCAACACCAAGCCUCGUACGCGAGGAAUCCCGCUUCGACGCCGAGGAAAUCUGGCCCCUCCUCGGCACCGAAGAAACCCCCUCCACCACCUCCCCAACAUCAACAAACACACUCCACAAACCGGCAAUCGUCGACGGCGCCUCGCUAGUCGAGCUCUACGCAAGCCUGAAACAGGGCCAGAGCGUCAAGCAAUGGUACGCAGCGCACAGCCGCUCCUUAGCAAACAUCGACAUCCGUCGCUUCAUCACCUUCGGCGUGAUAAAGGGCUUCUUGUACCGCGUGCAUAAAUACGCAUGCGCAACGAGCCAGCCUGCGCCUCCGCCGCGCGCGUCGUCGUUCACACCGACGGCGUUGUCGUCGCGCGCCACUACGGGUAACAAUACCCCCCAUGAGGUCUCGAGUGUGUCCGAGGACGCGCCUAUCUCGGCAGUUGCGAAGAGGGAGUCUAGUCGGGAGCGGGCUGGGUCGGUGGUUAGUGGGGGUCGGAGUGGGAAUGGGAAUGGGAGUGCGGGGGCGCCGUCGGCGUUUUGGGAAGAGGAAGAUGAGGUUGUUGGGGAUGAUGUUCUUGGGAAGUAUCUUGAUGGUACCCAUUGCUUUGAUCAGAUUUGUACGGAGUUGGAGAUGAGUGAGAGGGAGUUGACGGCUAGACUUAAGAGAUACCCUUGGGAGGUAUUGAUUCUUCAUAGAUGA